AUGAUCAAGCUGGCAACGGGCACUGCAUUCGACACGGAUGGUGAUUUCACGUCGCCCCUUCGGCAAGCAGCGGUGAAUCCUGGCAGGGCCCAGCAGGGCCGGAGCGCUGAGCCCGCACAGCAGCAGCCACCCUCGCAGCAGCAGGAGCGAGGCGCUGAGCGCGCACAGCGGGGGGCGGCCGCGCAGCAGCAGGAGCAGACCGCUGAGCGCGCACAGCGGGGGGCGGCCGCGCAGCAGGAGCAGACCGCUGAGCGCGCACAGCGGGGGGCGGCCGCGCAGCAGCAGGAGCAGACCGCUGAGCGUGCACAGCGGGGGGCGGCCGCGCAGCAGCAGGAGCGAGGCGCUGAGCCCGCACAGCGGGGGGCGGCCGCGCAGCAGCAGGCGACAAUGGACGAAGAAGAAGCGGGUACCGCUGCAACUGUUGAAGAGGCGGAGCAGGAGGCGAGCGACUCCUCAGAGCUGCCAAUCACACGGAGUGUCAGCCAACUGUGA